GCUCGUUGUGCCCCUAACGGUCCAGCGACCCUUAUCAAUAGUAGCUGUGGCGUGGACAGCGUCAGAUCCUCACUAUAUAGGUCGCGACAUAUUUCUCUCCAGUCGAGAGUGGACAGCAUCACCGAGGCUCCAAACCCACUCCCCGAUCUUUAUCCAGCAGGAUGUAGCAGUGACGAUGUAGGUUCGAUGCCGGACAUCCCACACAUGCAUCGAUCGUCCACGUACAACCAGCGAUCGCGAAGCUAUCUAACGGACGACUUGUUCGAGUAUAAUAGGAAACCGCAAGCAAUGGGGAGCCUUACGAUGGACUGCGACACAAUCAUUGCCCCGUCGACCGUGAGGAUGUCAACCCUUCAAGAUAUCAUGUUCAUUGGCGUGGUAGCGGCUGCUCAAUUUUGCACACAAUUUGGGCUGGGAAUGACUCUAGCGCCUCUAGACGUAAUAUCCCAAAGCUUCGGCGUCGCAAACGUGGCCGAACAGUCCUGGAUGAUCGCUGGUUAUACUUCCAUGAUUGGGACUUUCAUUCUAACAGUCGGUCGCUUGGGAGAUAUCAUGGGUCAUAGGCGAGCCCUGGCGUUUGGCUACGCAUGGUUCGGAGUGUGGAGCGGGUUUGGUGGUUUUGCAGUUUACCCCCAGAAAUUUGUCUUCUUCGACAUUUGUCGCGCCCUGCAAGGUGUUGGUCCUGCGUUCACUAUACCCAACAGCCUUACUCUUUUCGGCCGGGCAUACUCUCCUGGGAUCAAGAAAAAUAUUGUCUUUAGCAUAUUCAGUGCUGUUACACCAGCAGGUUUCGUCGUUGGCGCGGCUUUCGGUAGCUUUUUUGCCCAGAACGUCUGGUGGCCGUGGGCGUUCUGGUCAUUUGGCAUCGUGCUGUGGGUGUUUGCUGCACUGACGCUUCUCUUCGUUCCGCAAGGGCUUGGAGAGAAACCUCGCGAUUCUCCUGAUUUUGACUGGGGUGGCUCGGUAAUGAGCGCUGUCGGUUUGUUGCUUAUAUGCAUCGCAUGGAGUAAUGCUCCUCUGUACGGCUGGAAGACGGCGCACGUAUACUUUCUCCUAGUCAUAGGUAUACUGUGUCUCAUUGCCUUCGUUUGGAUCGAAACGCAUACGAGGUGUCCAAUUCUACCAAUAAAGACCAUGAACGGCACAGUCGCCAUUGUACUUACAUGCAUGACUUUUGUCUGGGGCGCUUACGGUAUCUGGAUCUUUUACUCGUUUCGCUUUUUACAGAAGGUUCGAAAUUCGUCUCCACUGUCCACCGCGGCACAAUUCUCGCCAAUGGCGAUAUGCGGAGUCCUUGCCGCUGCACUCACGGGCUUUCUGCUUACGCACACUCCGGUGUCGUUUGUAAUGCUCAUGGCAAUCACUAGCUUUGCUGUUGGUCUCAUCGUUGCGGCGACUUUGCCACCAAGCCAGCCUUACUGGGCACAGAUGUUCAUCAGUGUGAUCAUUAUGCCCUUUGGGAUGGACAUGUCUUUGUCGGCUGCUUCAGCUAUUCUGUCAGAUCACAUGUCGCAAGCAAGGCGAGAAGUAACCAUGUCUAUCGUCAGCAGUGUGGUCAAUAUCUCGAUCUCAGUGGCACUCGGGAUUGCAGGGACAAUUGAGCUGAGUUUAGUUCAUGACCUGUCGACGCCGGAUGAGAUGCUCAAAGGAUUUAGAUACGCAUUCUACAGUGGCGUCGGGCUGAGUAUGACGGGCCUAAUAUGUGGUGCGCUAUACUUUCUACUUAGCAUGAGAAAAGAAGGCUGGAAAGUUUUGGGAAAAUGA